AGAGUGAACCUCACGGAAACUCAAAGAGCUCUCGAUAGGAUCGUGACCCGUCGCAACAGAAACAGACGACGAGCAAUCAGACGGCGCGAGCGUGUUCGAGCAAGAAUGACAGAUGUUGCGAGACGUGGAAAUCAUGCUCUAAAUAUUGUAUGUACUCUGCAGCUAUUUGACAGGGACUAGCCAUGACUUUAUGCUAAGGCCAUCUGAUGUAGAGCCGACGCGGUCCUAUACAUGCUGUUGCAACAAUGCCCAGUGUUCCAUCAAGCAUGCUUAGACUGCCUGCUAUUCCCCCAGCUGCACUGACCUCUGGCCCCGCGAAUGCCCAAGCCAUUCCAGCGGAAGAAAUGACGUUGCCUGCGCACCACCUACCGAGCCGACCUGCCCCUGAGGCAGAGAGUGUAUCAUCAGUCCCCACUGCAACUAGUGACACUGACGUGACGAUGGGUGUCGAAGACCUUGAAAUCAGUACAAACGCUACAGAUGCCAGUCGGUCACAAUCUGCGGAUGAUCUGAUCGUUCUCGAUACGCUCGACACAGCCGAUGAUUUCGUGGUGAUGAACUCAAGUCAGACUAACGAGAUAAUCGAAAAUCACUGCACAGAGUUGUUUACUAUUGUGUAGCAAGGCCUGUUGUGACUGCCUCUUCGCAGUGUUUCUAGGGCUUUUAG